GAUUUUUUCCGAAUACCAAAAAUGCACCGCCACUGAUGGUGUACCCAUAUGUGUUGCACAGAUUUCGAAUAUUAUAUUUUUAGUUGAUUGUUGACGAUCAAAGAAAAAAGAAAUCUUGUUCAAUUUCAUUCUUAUUCCCGUGUUCAUUGUCUAUGUUAAAGAUGUUUUCGAUACGUUUGUUUAUGUUUAUAUCAUGUUUGGUGAGCGUACUAGUUUUAGCAAGGCCAGCAAGGGAGGAUCAAUGUCAAGAUAUAAACUGUGAAUGUCUUAAAGAUGAACGAGGACUAGAAUACCACUGCCCCGAGGCCAGCUGGCACAGAAAAAUAAUAAUAGAAAAAUUAGACAUCGAAAGAACUGUUUGGCGUUGCUUGCACGUAGACGACACAGAUAAGUAUAUUCCGAAUACCAAGUUAUACGCAAGAGAAUUGACUAUAAUUGAUUGUCCACUGACGAGGAAAGUAGCACUAAACACUGAUUUCGAUCAUAUAGAAGAGUUAACAAUCGUGGAUUCCCUAAUGACAUCUGGUUUUGUAGAAAUUCUGACCAAUUGUUCCGAAAACAAAAUCAAAAAACUUACCCUAAGAUCUGUCAAGUUUGAAGAAAAUGUCGAUUUCGACCAUUUCAUGGCUAACAAACUAGAAAGGCUUGAACUUAGGGAUGUUGAUUUCAAAAUCGGGAAAAAAUUAUUCGAAGAAGAGAUAACUUUGAAAGAUCUGGACCUGAGGUGGAAUCAUAUAAAUAAUGUAGAAGGAAAAAUUUUUGAUAAUUUGUUCUUUUUGAAAACAUUAGAUUUGGCCAAGAAUAAUUUGGUUUCUAUGAACUCUGAUGUAUUCGAAGGUCUGUUUCAAUUAGUUCGUCUUUAUUUGGAGGAAAAUAAUAUACAAUUUUUUGGAAAAGGAAUCUUCAGAGAUUUGAAAAGAUUGGUCUCUUUAGAUCUCAGUAAAAACAAGAUAUGCUUUCUCCAUAAGGAUAUUCUAAAACCUUUAGAGUCUUUGAGAGAAAUUAAUUUGAGUCACAAUGAUGGACUUGAGUUAGAUGAUUAUGUAUUCUCCAAUUUACCUGAACUCAGAGAAAUUGAAAUCGCAUAUUUAAAUAUGAAGCAAAUUCCCGAGAAUAUUUUCAGGGGUUCAAUUAAUAUAACGCGUAUAAAUAUGGAAAGCAAUUCAAUAUCCCAUAUUCCUAGUUUUUUAUUCGAUGGCCUAUCGCAUUUGACCAAUCUGAAUAUGAAAAACAACGAUAUUAAAACUUUAGAUAAUUCUAUAUUCCAUUCCUUAAUUAGUUUGGCAACCUUGGAUCUUAGCUGGAAUAAAAUGGAACGAUUGACUUCAGAAUUACUUAGACCAUUACUUGAUUUACAUUACAUCGAUGUGAGUUAUAAUCGAAUCCAUUAUAUUGGAGAUAGAUGCUUUUGGAAUAAAACAAAUCUGAGACAUAUAUACUUUUCAAACAAUAAUUACAAAUAUUCAGUGGAAUCCAAAUAUAUUCCCGGAAAAACUCCUUUCGAUGAAUGUACUCAUCUUUUGACAUUAGACCUGGGAUUCAAUAUAAUCGAAGAUAUCCCUUGGUAUCCACUCAAUAAAGGAAAAUAUUUGGAGACUCUCAUUUUGAAAGGAAAUAAAAUCAAAUAUUUAGAUGUAUCAUUGAUAUGGAAAAUAGCUUAUAAGGGAUUGCAUCUCAACUUGGAGGAUAAUGAAAUAUCAAAGGUCAUUUUCAAUUCAACCGCUCUUCCCCAAGAAGCAGAAGAUCCCUUCAACGAAGAAGCUUCCUAUGUUUAUCUGGCAAAUAAUCCUUUGCAUUGUGAUUUUGAGGCUUGUGCUUUCAUUAAAUUCAUCGAGAAUGUUAUGGGAAGAUCUGCUGACUGGGGAAUAUUAUUUGUGUUUGGACAUCUCACCUGUGCCAGUCCAAAAAAUGUGGAAGGUGUUGAAGUUAGCAGAAUGUGUGAUUUUGGUCCAGAUUGUUGUAUGGCGUCAUUACGUAUAUUAUUUUUAUUGGCCUAUAUCGUAAAUCCAAUAAUUUGCGAAUGCAUAGAAACGAAUUGUGACUGUAUCGAUUAUCGACCAGUAUUUUAUCAAUGCCCAAAUUCGAACAAUGUUAAGUUAGUAAUUCAAGUUGGAGAAAGUAAUGAAACCAAAGUGGACUGCCAUGAGAGGAUAUCUCCCGACUAUCUCAUUCCGAAAAAAGUUUUUCACCCGAAAUAUCUCACCGUAAAAGGUUGUAUAGUUUCUGAGCUAACAACCAAUAUAUUAAAUUUCCCAAACGUUGAGGUUCUAGAGUUGAAUGAUUUAACAGUUUCAGAAAGCUUCACAAAUUUUUUGUUUGGUGCAGAACUUUCCAGUUUGAAGCAGAUAAAUUUUCAUAAUAUUCGUUUUGAUUAUUCUUUACUUCAGUAUGUCAAUGCACCAAACCUCAUUACAAUGGAAUUUUUCGAAAAUAAGAUUAUUUCCAUGGAUGGGAAUUUCUUUAAAAAACUCUCGAAUUUGAAGCAGAUUCGUCUUAUGUACAAUUCGAUUGAACAAUUACAUAAUGAAACUUUUAAAGGUUUAGAGAACCUGGAAGAGCUGGAUUUGGGAUUCAACAGUAUCAAGUUAAUCAACAGACAAGUCUUAAGACCACUCAAGUCCUUGAUUCGUGUUAUUCUGCAGUGCAAUGAAGGCAUUACUCUUGAUGAUUUUUUGUUCACUAAUUUUCCACAACUCUCUAUUAUAAUUCUAAGCACAUCGGGCUUGACUUCUCUUCCGGAGAAUUUAUUUUUAGGAUCAACCAAUAUUUCUGAAAUAUAUUUGAAUGAUAAUGAUAUCUCGGAUAUUCCAAGAAAUUUAUUCAAAGGUUUGGUUAACUUGAAGUACAUAGAUCUGAAUAACAAUCAUAUAAAGAAACUGGAUAAUGGACUUUUCCAAGGUUUAGUGACUUUAAAAACAUUGGAACUUAAUAAUAAUGAAAUCACAUCAAUAAGUUCCUAUCAAUUCAGUGGAUUGAGCGAAUUAGCCGAUUUAAGGCUGAAUGAUAAUAACAUUUCCACUAUCGAUGAAAAUGCUUUCAGAACAAAUAUGAACUUGGAAAAACUUCAUUUAUCACAUAAUAGAUAUCGAUACGAGGUAGUACUUGGAAAAAUUUUCACAAGCAGUCCAUUCAAGUACUGCCCGUUCAAAUAUUUAGAUUUGAGCUACAAUCUGAUGAAGAAUGUACCCGAUGAUCUUUUUAUUCAAUCAAGAUCAUUGCACUUUCUGAAUCUCGAAGGAAACAAGAUUGAAAUAUUAGAUUUGGAAGACAUACAAAAAUGGAAAGACGCUUUUACAAACAUCACAAUCAAUCUUCAAAACAACAACAUUAGCCAAUUUUUCUUCGAUCAGUCAGUACCAAAAAUGAUUGAUUCAGAUUACGAAGAUCUUGUUUCUAGUGCUGAUAAAAUUGUCGAUACAAGAAAAAACUCCGUUGUCUUGAAAAUUUCAGGCAAUCCACUUGUAUGCGAUUGUUAUGCCGAAAAUUUCGCUGAUUUCAUAAGGACAAAUUCAGAGAUAUUUUUUGAUCUUGAUAGCCUGAGAUGUGCCCUUCCACUUAACAUGAAAAAGAUGAGGUUUUUAGAUGUUGCCCCUUCGGAAUUGAUUUGUGAUUUGCAAUCUAUAACAGAAACAGAAGAAUUAUGUACGAAUUUUGAAAAUUGCUCAUGUAUUUGGAGACCUUUCGACAAGGCAAUCGUUGUGAAUUGUUCAUCCACCAAUAUGACAACUGUCCCCUCUUUAAAGAUUCCCCUCGAAUUGAAGUAUGAGAAAAUCAAUGUUCAUUUUGAAGAUAAUUUGCUGACAAUGUUCUGGCCAAUAGAAGGAUAUGAAAAUGUGACAGGUCUUUUUUUGGGCAGGAAUGAAAUAAAUAAUGUGUCUUGGAUUCCAUCGAAUAUUGAGACAAUUGAUAUCAGCAACAAUAAUUUGACUGAAUUAAGUGAAUCAGUUCUGAAUACAUUGAGCACACCUUCUGUGAAAAAUAUUAAAAUGGGAAAUAAUUCUUGGUCCUGUUCCUGUGACAACUAUAGCAUGAGAAGAUUUCUUUUGGAAAAUAUAAAAAAGAUUGAUGCCGAGAAUAUUAAAUGUGCUACGACAGGAACUAAAUUUAAUUAUUUAGUUGAAGAGGACUUUUGCGAUAACACAUUCUUUGUUAUCAUCAAGGUAUUCUUGAGUCUUUGUCCAAUUAUGAUCUCUCUCAUCCUUGCCGUAAUUUACUAUAAAUACAAGCAAGAGAUUAGAGUUUGGUUAUAUGCUCGAAAUUUAUGCCCUGGAUUUUUCAUAGAGGAAGAUCUAGACAAACAAAAAAAAUAUGAUGUCUUCGUGAGCUAUUCACAUAAAGACGCAGAGUUUGUGGAAGAGCAAUUAGUCCCUAUAUUGGAAGGCUCUUAUAAUUACAAUUUGUGCCUUCAUUAUAGAGAUUGGAUUCCUGGCUCUUUUAUCGCUGAAAAUAUUUGCGAUUCUGUCGCCAACUCAAAGAGGACUUUGAUAGUCCUCACUCCUAAUUUUUUAGAAAGCGUAUGGGGCAAAAUGGAAUUUAGAAUUGCCCAUACCGAAGCAAUGAAGGAAAGGAGAAAUAGAGUGAUAUUGCUACUGAAAGAGGACAUUGAUACUGAAAAACUGGAUGCAGAGUUAAGAUCCUAUAUCUCAACAAACACUUACAUCAAAUGGGGAGAUUCUUGGUUUUGGAAGAAGCUCCGAUAUGCUCUUCCUCGAUGUGAAUGAAGAAAGAUGUAUUGAAAAGGGAUGAAACAUUCUAGACAGUCACAAAAAAUGUUGGAAAACAUACAAAUAUAACAAUCUGAAAAUCAGCAUUAGCCAAUUAUUCUUCGUUCAAUCAAGACCGAAAAUGAUUGAUUCAGAUUACGAAGAUCUUGCUACUAGUAUAGAUAGCAAUGAGGAUAUAUGAAAGAACUCUGUAAGCUUGAAAAUUUUCAGGAAAUCCACUUGUUUGAAAUUGUUAUAUCGAAAAUUUCGCCAAUUUCAUAAGGACAAAUUCAGACAAAUUUUUUUAUUUCAAUAGCCCAUAUGUGCGUAUCCACCAAACAUGAGAAAGAUGAGGUUUUUUGAUAAUACCUCUUCGAAAUUGAUUGGUGAUCUGUAGAAGAAACAGAAGAAUUAUGUACGAAUUUUGAGAAUUGGUCAUGUAUUUGAAGAUCUUUCGUCAAAGCAUUAGAUUGGAUUCCAACGAAUAUUGAGAUUGAUGACGAAAAUAUCAAAUGUUCUUCGACAGGAGCCACUUUUGCGAUAAAACCAUUCUUAUUCAUCAUCAAGGUGAUCUACUAUUAUGAUCUUCCUCAUUCAUUACUAUAAAUGAAAGCAUGAUAUUGAAGUUUAGUUUUAUGCUCGAAAUUCAUGCUUGGGAUUUCAGAAAGAUCUGAAAAAAAUGAUAACUUCGUGAGCUAUUCACAUAAAACGCAGAGUUUAUUGAAAACCAACUAGUUCCUAUAAUGGAAAUCUCCAUUUAAGAUCGGAUUCCUAGCACUUUCACCUAUGAAAAUACAUGCGAUGAUUUUGCCAAAUCAAAGAGGACUCUGAUAGUCCUUACUCCUAAUUUUUAGAAAGCGUGAGUGUUAGAAUUGCCCAUACCAAUGCAAAGAAGGAAAGGAAAAAUAGAGUGAUAUUGCUACUUAAAGGGGACAUUGAUAAUGA